AUGGUGAAGGUGGACAUAACUGACAUUAAUGACAAUUCACCAUUUUUUCCUUCUGAGCAAAUCGAUAUUGAUAUUUCAGAAAAUGCUUUUCCUGGAACACGGUUUCCCCUCACCAGUGCCCAUGAUCCAGAUUCUGGAGACUAUGGCUUGAAGACAUACGUUAUCAACCAUAAUGGCCUGUUUUCCUUAGAUGUGAAGUCCAGAGGAGAUGGGACCAAAUUCCCUGAGCUUGUUAUAGAUAAGCCACUAGACAGAGAAGAGCAAAGUCACCACAACCUAAUUUUGACAGCUUUAGAUGGUGGCAAUCCACCAAGAUCAGCCACUGUGCAAAUAAAUGUCAAAGUGAUAGAUUCCAAUGAUAAUAGCCCUGUUUUUGAAGCACCUUCUUACAUGGUGGAAAUCCCAGAAAACUCCCCAAUUGGUAGAGUUGUCAUUGACCUCAAUGCUACAGAUGCAGAUGAAGGGUCCAAUGGUGAGGUCAUAUACUCUUUCAGUGGAUAUGCACCAGACAGGGUUCAUGAACUCUUCUCUAUUGAUCCCAACACAGGGGUGAUCCAAGUCAAGGGUAAUCUGGACUAUGAGGAAAAUAACCUGAUUGAAAUUGAUGUGCAAGCACGUGAUCAAGGCCCAAACCCAAUCCCUGCACACUGUAAAGUUACUGUUAAAGUGAUAGAUAAAAAUGACAAUGCUCCAUCUAUUGGCUUUGUAUCAGUCCGCCAGGGAGCAAUUAGUGAGGCAGCACCCCCUGGUACAGUUAUUGCUUUAGUGAGGGUCACUGACAAGGACUCGGGGAAGAAUGGACAAUUACAGUGCAGGGUCCUAGGCAAUGGGGGGGGGGGGGGGGGGGGCAGCUCUAGAGCAGCUCUGGGGAAUGUCCCAUUUAAACUUGAAGAUAAUUAUGACAACUUCUACACUGUUGUAACUAGUAGGCCUCUUGAUCGUGAAAUACAAGAUGAAUACAAUGUAACUAUCAUUGCUCGAGAUAAUGGCAACCCCUCGCUAGAUUCUACAAAUUCUUUCACUGUAAGGAUUUUGGAUGAAAAUGACAACCCUCCAAUUUUUUCGAAAUCUAUGUAUGCAUUGCAAGUUUCUGCAAAUAAUAUCCCCGGAGAGUACCUUGGUUCAGUUCUUGCACAAGAUCCAGAUUUAGGGCAAAAUGGAACUGUGUCUUAUUCCAUAUUUCCCUCAUAUAUUGACAGUGUGUCUAUCUCCACAUAUGUGUCCAUUAAUCCAAGGAAUGGAGCAAUUUAUGCCCUAAGGACUUUCUAUUAUGAGCUAACAAAAUAUUUUGAAUUUAAAGUAAUUGCAAAGGACCUAGGCACUCCGCAUUUAGAAAGCAAUGCCACUGUCAGAGUAUCUGUUUUAGAUGUCAAUAACAAUGCACCAGUCAUUAUUCUACCCAGCUUGCAGAAUGACACCGCAGAAAUUUAUGUGCCACGCAAUGUAGGCAUGGGAUAUGUUAUUAGCACUGUUAGAGCGAUGGACAUUGACUUUGGCGAAAGUGGGCGAGUAACUUAUGAAAUAAUUCAAGAAAGUAAAGAAAAUCUCUUUGAAAUAGAUCCAGUGACUGGAGAGAUCAGAUUGAUCAACCCACAUUGGGAGGAUAUUGCCCCAGUGGUUGAACUAAUAAUCAAAGUCACUGAUAAUGGAAAACCAUCACUUUCAACUGUGGCAAAACUCAUCAUAAAGGCAAAUUCAGACUGUUUAGGGUGUUAUGAAGAUGAUAAUGUGAUUGGAGAACAACGGGACUGGGAUAUCUACUUACCUGUUUUGGUUGCCCUGAGUGCAAUUUCUAUAAUCCUUUUUGCGGCAAUGGUCACAAUAGUUGUUAAAUGUAAAAAGGAGAACAAAGACGUUGGAUCCUACAGCGGUAGGGCAAGAGCCUACACCUCUCAGCCUAAAUUAGGAAAAAUGAAAAAAAAAGAAAUAUAA